AUGUGUCACCGAAUGGCCUGUCCCAACGACGGCAAGCCGACUUGGUGGGGGUGUGGACACCACGUUGAGCAGGUUCUUGCCGACGUCCCCAUCGAGGAGCGCUGCACGUGCGAGCACGUCCCAAUUGUCAACAUUCCCGGCGUCAAGUUUAUGAAGACGGUCAAGAAGCGCGGCCCGGGGGAGAAGCUUUCCGACACCAGCGCACCGGUUCGCGAGGGGCUGUAG